AUGGAGAGGAGCAAUCACACAGUUACAGAGUUCAUCCUGUUGGGCUUCACAUCAGACCCCACAAUGCAGUUGGUCCUGUUUGUACUAUUCCUUGGAGUCUACUCCAUGACUCUCCUCGGAAAUACCACCCUCAUCAUACUGAUCUGCAAUGACUCCAGGCUGCACACUCCCAUGUAUUUUUUUAUUGGUAAUCUGUCUUUUCUGGAUCUCUGGUAUUCCUCUGUCUACACCCCAAAGAUCCUAGUAAACUGCAUAUCUGAAGAUAAAAGCAUCUCUUAUGCCGGAUGUAUAUGUCAGCUCUUCUUCUCUGGUGGACUGGCCUACAGUGAGUGUUACCUGUUAACCGCCAUGGCUUAUGACCGCUAUGUGGCCAUCUCAAGGCCCCUGGUUUAUUCUCAAGCCAUGCCCAUUAAGUUAUGUGCAUUUUUGGUAAUUUCCUCAUACCUUGGUGGGUUUAUAAAUUGUUUCAUCAUGACUAAGAGAAUUAUAACUUGGAACUUCUGUAAGGACAACGUUAUUGAAGAUUUUUUCUGUGAUUUUCUUCCUCUGGUGAAGUUGGUUUGUGGCAAAAUAGAUAACUACCAGGGUUUACUCUACUUCCUCCUGGUCUCCAAUGUCAUGACCCCCAUAGCUCUCAUCCUGGCUUCUUAUGUCUUCAUCAUUGCCACCAUCUUGAAGAUUCGCAACACCCAGAGUCGCCUUAAAGCUUUCUCUACUUGCUCCUCCCACCUAAUCUCUGUCACCUUGUACUAUGGCUCCAUUCUCUACAUCUAUGCACGUCCCAGGUCCAACUAUUCUGUGGGUUCAGACAAGAUUGUUUCUACAUUUUACACCGUGGUAUUCCCCAUGUUGAACCCUAUGAUUUAUAGCCUGAGAAAUAAAGAUGUGAAAGAGGCUGUCAAAAAACUUCUUAAGUAA